AUGCAUUUCACAGCUUAUAUCGCUCCAGCAUUGCUGGUGCUGGCCCAAAUGGCGGAGGCAAAAGCCAUCAUCCACUUACCCAACGCCAUCCGAAGAAGGGACUACUCGCAAGAAGUGAAGAAGGUUGCAGAUAGACUCAUUCGACGUGCUACCGUCGGGACCAACGACUUGCUUCAACCUCAGAGCUUCAAUGGUCUACUCCCACUAUCCGAACCUGAUGCCGCCUUGAAUGAAUCCAUCGCAGAAGCAUGCAUCGGUUCUUUGAGUUCGAUCACCGGUGUUCAAAAUGAUGCCGGGCUUACCGCAUGUUAUAACAUUCUGCAAUGGGAUAGUAAGCUAGGCUCCUUCAUGGCGGACCUUCGACUCUACCAAGCGUUUGAACCCAAAGGCGUCUUCGCCAACGUCAGCGUCAGCGAUAUCCAGAUCGGUGUCCAGUAUCCGAGUUCGACCACCUUUCAGUCAGUGCCCAAGUCCAAGACCAAAAGAGAUCUCGAGGGACGCCAAGCAUCUUCCAUAAACAGCAGCAUGACCGAGAUUGAGCAGUAUCUUCUCAUGGGAUCUUUCCUAACACACUUGGAUAUCAAGAAGCUCAACAACACACAGAUCAUGUCGUUGAUGUUGCCCGAAAUCAAGCUCAACACUGCCGAAUCCCAAAAGGCUGUGUCGGCUAACAUCACCUCUGCCGAGGGUGCUUGGUUUGUCAUCGGAGAGUUUAGCUCUGAUUUCGACGGCAAGCUUGUUACUCUCGCAGCAGCCAACAAUGCCAUCGAAGCUGCCUUGCCAUUCAUCCUUCCUGGAGUAACCCUGGGGAUUUUCCCCACUGGAUUGAUCAUCACCAUGGCAUGGACAGGCCUCUUCUUCCUGGCCUACGGGUUGGGCACUCUGGGCCGAAUCAAGUACAGAGAUGCGUAUCGAAAGAGAAUGGCAGUUCGAGUUGGCCGAACAGGAAAAAGAAUAUAG